UAUUCGUCAGCACCUUGCCAAGCUGGAUGGUUUGGCACAAGAUGUCAGUUUCAGUGUCACUGUGCUUCAAGUUGUGACGUCACCACCGGCCAGUGUCAAGGUGGCUCGAAAUGUCAGCAUGGGUGGUUUGGAGUGGCGUGUCAAUAUCGUACGUACAAUUUACCACCGGUGGAUCUUUAAGUGCACAUCUUUAAUGAAAUAAAGUAGUAUAUUCACUCCAGUCAAGGCCACGAUUGUUGAACUGUGUGUCUCGUUUUGUAACCUGUCUAUAAGUCAAUGCUAACAUCAACUCUACUAUGUUCCUCAAAAUAAAAUUACAGAAGAUUCGACCAGUAUAAACUCCGCUACAAUAACAGCAAACGUUGAUUUGUCAAGCCCAAACUGGAUAACUGAUAGGGAUGACUCAACAUGUAACGGUGACGUCAACCUGAAGUCCAUUGUUGUGACGUGGACUGACACUAUUCCAAUCACAUGGUUGAGAUUU